AUGACAAAUAUUAUAACUAAAAAGGAAAUGACGUCUUUUCAGGACAUGCUUGAAGUGAUAAAUCAAAAUUAUCAAAUAUUAUGUGAAAAAUAUGAUACUGUUUCGGAUAAUUAUUAUUUAAAAACUGAAACAAUAAAAGAAACAUUACCUAAAAUUCAAAAUGAUAUAAUAACACUUGAUAGGUUAAAAGAAAAAGUCAAACAAAUUAAAGAGAAUGAGGAAACUAUGAUGUAUGAUUUUUUAUCAGCAAUAGAACGAAAAUCUGAAAUUAAAGAACAAUAUAAAAAAGUGCUAGAAUGUAAAAAAAUAUUGUCUGAUGUUAAAGAAAAAUAUAUGAUAAAAGAAAUAGAAAAAACAAUACUUGAAUUAUUAACAUUUAAAAAUUAUGAUGGUAUAAUAAAAAAAAUCCAAGAAAAUAGAGAUUUUAUUAUGUCUAUGAAAUCAUACAGAGAUACAUUAGUUGAAAAAUUUAAAAAAAUUUGUGUUAAUCUAUUAAAUCAUAUAGAGUUUCCUUUUGAUGAAGAAAUAGACAUAGAUUUUCAUCGAAAAACCAUAGAUGAAAUUAAAUCAAAUAUGAUAGUAAUUAAUAUGUUAUUUGAGGAAUGUGAAGAUAAACCUUUCAUUCUUGAAAUGUUAUUAUCUAUGAUAAAUGAAAGAUAUAAUCUUCAUUUUAAUAGUAAAUCUUUGACGAAUAAUCCUGCCAAACCAGAAUUACUUUUGACAGCUCUCAAUAAUUGGUAUACUUCUAAUAUUGGUUUAAUUAGCAAACUGAUUUGUCCUAUACUUAAGAAAGAUAUUUCAUGGAUAGAUGGCAAAUUUAAAGAUAUGUUAUUAUCAUUAUGUAUUGAUAAGAUUAAUGAUUGGUUAAGAAAAGAUAAAGUAAUGAAUGAUCCAGAAUUGUUAGGACAUUUACUAGAUUCAGUAUUAUUUUCAGUAAAUGAAGUAGAAGGUUUAUAUUCAUUAAAUGAAGGAUCAACAAAAAGUCUUUUAUCAAUAUUUUAUGAUGAUGAAGAUAUUCUUGAAAGAUGGCUUUGCAUAGAAAAACAAACACUAAAAAUAGUUUUAAAUAAAUUUCUUGAUUCUUUAUUCAAUAAUAAAGAGCUAGAAAAUUUUGUUGAAUGUAAGGAGUACUCAACAAACGUCUCAGAUAUACUUUUUGUUAUUCAAAGCUCAUGUCAAAGAUAUGAAAUGAUAAAAAAAGUUGAGGUCAAAAAACUUUUUAUACAACAAAUUCUUGAAGGAUUAUUUUUGUUUAAAAAUGAUUUAUUGGACAUUGAAAGUAGUCAGGAGUAUGCUGUCUGUAAUGUUGGAAUAAAAAUUACAAAUAUUCUUAUAAAAAUUCAUUCACUUUUAAAAGAAAUGGAAUUGUAUCUUUUUAAUGAAAAUGAAGAAAUUUUUACAUUUGAAAUUAAUAUUUUAGGAGAUAAAAUAACAUAUGAUAAAAUAUUGUAUAGUUUUAAAGAAGUAUGGUUAAAAUUAAUAGAUAGUCAAUGUAAUGAAUUAUUAAAAAGUUUGGACAAAUAUUUUAUUCCAUAUACAAAUGAAAGAUGGCAUGGGAUGACUAGAAAUUUUAUGAAUAAUAUGAAUACUGUUAAUCAAGAGAUAACAGAAUCAUUUUUACAUUUUAUUUAUCAAUUAAGAAAUACAUAUCUUAAAAUGGAAACAAUGUAUCCAUCAAAAUGGUUAGAAAUAAUUGUAGAUAAAAUGAAUCAUAAAUUAUUUUUAAAAAUAAUAGAUGAUUUUAUUAUGAAAAAAAAUUUUAAUGAAUAUGGUGCUAAACAAGUUAUUUUUGAUAUUAAAAAUGGUCUUUUUACUAUGUUAAAUGAUAUCUUUAUUCACAAUGAUCAAUAUGGUUUAUUUAAAGAUAGUAUUUUAUGUAAUAGCCAUUAUAUUAAAUUAUUAGAUUAUCUUAAUCUUUUGUCAAUGCAUCCAGCAGUUGGAUUAUUAUUGAAAGAUGCAGCAAAAGACAAUCCUGAUGAAAUUUUAAUACCAAAACUUGAAGAAUUUAAUUUUAUUGGUAUUAUUACAAGAGAAGAAAUUUUAAAAAUCCUAGAUAGAAAGUGUGAUCUUUUAUCUUAG